AUGCCACCACUAUCUUCAACUCAACAAAUCUCAAAUGAACAUUCUACUUUAACAGAACAUGGUGGUGGAAAUGGUGUUGUUCAAGUUGUUUCUGGUGAUAAAUCUUGGCAACAAAAAGAAAAUUUGAAUGAAUCUCAAUUUCGGCUGGGAAUAGUUUUGUUGGAAUUGGUAGACGCUUUGGAUUAUCUUGCUGGUUCGUUUUCAAUUUUUGAGAAAUUAUAUGUGAGAAUCAUUUGA